GCCGCGUCGUCGUCCGCCUCGUCAUCGUCGUCCACCGCCUCCACCUCCAGGACACCCUCCCUGGCCUUAAGCAGCUGCUAUUCACCGGUGGCGGCAGCGGCGCAGAGCUCGCUCUACAGCGCCCCCUGCAGUCAGGGCGUCAACACAACCAGCAGCGCGGGAAGCGCGGCCUCGCCAGCGGGCGGAGGCACCAGCACUGGCAGCAGUUACCACUGCAACUUGCAGGCCAUGAGCCUCUACGCGGCAGCGGCGGCUGCUGCUGCAGCCGCCGCCGCAGGGGGAGGGACGGGGGGCACCAGCGGAGGGGAUCGGAGCGGCGGGGGCCACCUGGGCAGUAGCCCCGUCGAGCAGGACCCUCUGCCCGAGUACAGCCUGGCGGCCAGCAGCAGCAGCAGCGCGUCUUCCCUCAGCUUGAGCCCUCAGGAGGGGCACCCUCAAGGCGGCGGCCGCUUGGCCUCUUGGUACCUCAACCAAGCCUCGGCAGUGGGAGACCUGACCCAUUUGGCCCCGGCCUCGGCCGCAGCCCCGUCGGCCUCCCCCGCGUCGGCGGGCUACCCCGGCCAGCAGCAGAACUUCCACGCCGUAAGGGAAAUGUUCGAGUCCUCGCAGCGGCUGGGUUUGAACAACUCUCCCGGCAAUGGGGGCGGCGCGGCCAGCAGCUGCCAAAUGGCCUUUCCCGCCAGCCAAACCCUUUAUCGCCCUUCAGGCGCCUUCGUCUACGACUGCAGCAAGUUUUGACCGAAAGGAGCGGGAAGGGAGCGAGCCGCCGCCCGACCCGGCGGCCGCGCUCAGAAGGGAGGCCAAAGGAGCGGAGUGGCUA